AUGGGUUUGUACGCGGAAUGGCCGCUUCUCGAAUUCACUCCGCUGAGCAGCACUGCACAGACAUCUUCAUUAUCGCUCUUCUCAAAAGGAACAGGUGAUAAUGUAGCCGAGCUGUUGGUGCGCGAAAUUGCCGAGAAUUUGAAAGGCGCAGGGACGGUGGCUGGCUUCAAAAUUGAUACCGAGGAGCAGUUAUCAUGGAUUUUACAGGUUAUUUAUGCCUGGAUUACUUGA